UGGACUUCCUGGAGCGGGGACUUGUCAACAGGCGGCGGGUCUAGCCCGAGUCGGGGCGGGAGGUGGGUUGGGGGCGGCCCCAGGGCAGAGAAGAGAGAACCCAGCCCCCCCCCCCAGACGUGCCCCCCUUUUCCCCCGGAUCCUGCCCCUUGGGGCACCCCCCCACCCUGCCUCCAACUUCAGGGAACUUUCCAGCCCUGCCCCUCCCCCUCUUUGCGGUGGGGGCUGGGGUGCCUGGAGCCCCCCAAUACUGCCCUGUGACCUUUGACCUGCAGGUGAGCUACAAUCGGGGGGCACCAUAGCCCCCCAUUUGCUGUGCCUCCUGCGGGGAUGUCGCCGCCCCCGGCUCUGUGUCUGGCCGGAGACCCCGGCACAGGCCCGGCACAGCCUCAGCCCCGGUGAGCCGGCGCGGGGACCAUGAGCGGUGCCCGGAAGAAAAGCAGCUUCCAGAUCACCAGCAUCACCAGCGAGUUCGAGCCGCCGGUGGCACCGCCUGCCGUGGAGCCUCCGGAAGACGUGGCCGCGCCGCGCAACGGGCCGCCCGGCGCCGCCUCCCGCUUCCGCCUGGUGAAGCUGGGCCAGGGCCCGGGCGAGCCCUUCAAACGGGGCCGCUGGACCUGCCUGGAGUUCUACGACCAUGACCCUGAGCUCCAGGCCGUGGGGCGGCUCCUGGGCGCCCCCCGGCACCCACAGUCCCUCGACUCGCGCCUGGAGCUGGCUGGGCUGCUGCCCAAGCCCCACGGCUACUCCAGCCUCCUGCCGCCGCCUGGGCUCGGCCACUCCCAGGGCAUGGCCCAUCCCAGCGAGCAUCUGCCCCACUCGCUGGGGAGCGAGGAGAGGACAGCCGGGGGCAGAGCUCACAGCCAUGGGGCCACUGCGGAGCCGAGCCUAGGGGUCGAGGAGCUGCUGCUGCCUCACAGCCUCGCCCAGCGCAUCCGGAGGGAGGUGGAGGAAAGGCACAAGGUGGCACCCCGAGGCUCCCGCCCCUCAUCCCCGGCCCCCCCGUUCUUCCGGGAAGGGAGCCCCGUCCGGAGGGGGUCAGACCCCUUUGGAGGCCACCUCAGCCUGGCCCGCUCCAUGUUCGCUAUGGGGGGCCACCAGGACAGCGACGAUGAAAGCGGCUCAGGCAGCAGCAUGAUCGCCAUUGACAACAAGAUCGAACAGGCCAUGGACCUGGUGAAGAGCCACCUGAUGUUCGCGGUACGGGAGGAGGUGGAGGUGCUGCGGGAGCAGAUCAGGGAGCUGGCCGAGCGCAACGCGGCCCUGGAGUGGGAGAACGGGCUCCUGCGCUCCCUGGCCAGCCCCGAGCAGCUGGCCCAGCUCCGCCGCCCCACGGCCUGACCCACACCGGGGCAACCACAUGCUACGAUCCCGCACAUGUGAAGGGAGCUGCAGGGGCCUGGCUGGAUGGGAGGUGGCUACUAACAGCAUGUGCCUUGGGGGAUGGGAUGGAGCCAGGACUCCUGGGUUCUCUCCCCGGCUCUGGGAGGGGAGUGGGGGCUGGUGGGUCAGAGCAGUGGGGC